AUGACCUCAACCACAGCUAUCCCACAAGUUUUUUCUUCCACACUUUUACUUCCUGAUCCAUCUGGUGUGACCGGUAGACCUAAUGUUGAUUGGUGCGAGUCACACAAGCCUGAGACGAUUCGAACCAAUGUUGUGGGCACUUUGACUCUUGCUGAUGUCUGCAGGGAACAGGGGCUGUUAAUGAUGAAUUAUGCAACUGGAUGUAUAUUUGAAUAUGAUGAUGCUCAUCCUCAAGGGUCAGGAAUUGGCUUCAAGGAGGAAGACAAGCCAAACUUUACCGGAUCAUUCUAUUCGAAGACCAAGGCUAUGGUUGAAGAGCUUUUGAAAGAGUUUGAUAAUGUCUGUACAUUGCGAGUUCGAAUGCCUAUAUCUUCUGACCUCAGCAAUGCCUAA